AUGACUCGCCCAGUACUGGAAUUCGUCAAUGUCACCCCAGCCAACGCGGCCCAAGCGGCACAGAUUCGAAAGCAAGUCAGAUCGCAUGCAGCGAAGAUCUGGGGAGGCCCGGACCCGGCUGCUGCAGGAGACCACGACCCUGACUCGACGAUGAAGCCUACCAGUGCACAGCGGAAGGGGAGGCGAAGGCGACGUCAGUGUCCCCCAACAACCUGGUCCAUUGAGGUCCGUGUCCGGCAGGUGGAAAGAGAAAGGGAAAGGGAGAGGCAGGACAUGGUCCAACAUCUGCCAAACGCAAAGGCGCCGCCGUAUAAGGACACCGCACGGAACCCGAGUCAUUUGCCUCCAAGCCCACUGAGCUGGCUCUCAGGAAUGGCAACGGCAACGAUCCCGGCAUCACAAAGCCCAGUCUAUCACCUUCCAUUCGUACCCGUCGUACUGCAAAACUACCUCCAGCACCUUGCCGUGGCCAUUCCUGAGAUCGACGGCGCCGGCAACUCGGCGCUAUUGAAGACAAGGUGGUUCCCCUUGGUGAUCCAUACUCCCGUUGUCUUUCAGGUCAUCGUUCUGUUCUCGGCGUCGCAUUACGCGGCAAAACAAGCAGAUCCAGCCAUCGCCACCACCAUCUUGUAUCUGAAGCAGCGCGCCCUGAAGGGCAUCAGCCUGGCUCUGGCCAAAGGCGUAGGAGUUCGCGAUGAACUCAUCGCGGCCACGGCGAAAAUGGCGAGCUACGAGGCUAUAUGGGGAGAUGAGAUUGCGUAUCACUGCCACAUGAAAGCUGUAUCGGAGAUGCUCAGAAUGCGUGGCGGACUCGCCAGCCUCGGACUAGAUGGUUUUCUCGCUCGACUGCUGAUCUUCAUCGACACCAAUUCGGCUUUUCUUCUGAACACUUUUCUGCAUCUACCGGACUCUUCCUUUCCCAGAGUAGAGCCGUUCAUCCUACCGAAUUUGAGUCGCUUCGUCGGUGAAGUGUGA